AUGGCUUUAGUAUUUCGGGCUGUGGCACAAUUCGCUGGGAUCUCACUAUCUUUGCUGGGAUGGGUGUUAUCCUGUCUUACAAACUACCUGCCACAGUGGAAAAACCUCAAUCUGGACUUAAACGACUUGGAGAACUGGACCAUGGGACUCUGGCAGGCCUGUGUCAUCCAAGAGGAAGUGGGGAGGCAGUGCAAGGCCUUCGACUCCUUCCUGGCUUUGCCCGCCGAACUCAGGAUCUCCAGGAUUCUCAUGUUCCUGUCCAACGGGCUGGGGCUCCUGGGCCUGCUGGUCUCCGGGUCCGGCCUGGACUGCCUGAGGACUGGAGAGACGCGGCGGGGCCUCAAGAAGGGGCUGCUGAUCCUGGGAGGGAUUCUGUUCUGGUCAGCAGGCCUUUCAGCCCUGGCUCCGGUGUCCUGGGUCGCCUGCAAGACGGUCCAGGAGUUCUGGGACGAGACUGUGCCAGAGAUCGUGCCCAGGUGGGAGUUUGGGGAAGCCCUCUUCCUGGGCUGGUUUGCUGGGUUUUUCCUCCUCGUGGGAGGGUGCCUGCUGAACUGGGCAGCCUGCUCCACCCAGGCUGCCCCAGCUUCGGGCCACCAAGCAGCGGCAGAAACGCGGUAUCACCGUCAGCACCGGGAGAUGCACAAAGCCAUCUGAAAACCUAAGCCAGAAAAGCGUCAGCGGUGUCCACUCUUUGAGACGCUCACUCCUCUCUGCGUUUGGUAGGAUUUCCUGCUACACAGCCACCCAUUCACUGCGUUUUUAAUUUUCUAAAAUGCAUCCCCG